GUUUCGGUUUGUGCCGACUGUUUUGUGCGGGACAUUUGCAAUACGCGCGGUGAAUAAAUGCUUCCAUUAUUUCCAAAUGUCCUGUUUUUCUUGCAGUGGCCAUUGAUAUUCAUGUAAGGUCAUGUUUAUAGAUAGCUGCCGGUAAUUGAAAGGCUUUUGUUGUAUCGUUUACGUUUCACAAAAGGUCGAAAAUGCUGGCUGGGACGAAUGUACAGUUAGGCUUGAAGUUGAAUCAUUUCAUCCUCGAUCAUGCUUGAAUAACAACAGUCACUGAGUCUGAAGAAGUGCGAGUUUAGCUUGAGUAACUCUAUUACAUUUGUACUAGUCUAUGCCUACACAAGAUUCGUGACUGAUUACAAGAGACUUUCUCCAGCUCUAAUAAUCUGAAAUGUUGAGAAGCCUGGCACCCAGUCGUCUAGCUCAGACUGACCGACACAACGGCAAAAGAAAGAGUGCUGCUGAACAUGCGCAGGGGGAUGAUACUGCUUAUAACAAGACGGGGCCUCGUAAGAAGUCCAAGCUCUCAGAUGGAGCAUCCCAGAAGCCAUCGCCCGGUCCGGGGUUCACGUCCAUCAUGCGAAGACCGCUGAACAUGCUGAACAAUGCUGGUGCCAGCCCUGCAAGAUCUUCUCAUGAGGAUAUGAUCAGGAGUAUCCUCUCCCGACCCUUCAAGGUCCCAAUUCCCAACUACAAAGGACCCACACUUGCCUCAAGAGGUCUCGGUAUCCGACGCCAGGGUUUGCGGCAGCCCCUCCAUGACCCCUUUGAGGAGGGCGCCCUCGUGCUGUAUGCACCCGAGCAGGUCUCGGCUCAGGAGCAGCUGACAAUAGACAGAGAAAAAAUGGAAGUCCACGUUGUUGUUGACCCUUUACUCUCCAAAGUUCUUCGUCCUCACCAGAGGGAGGGUGUUAAGUUUCUGUGGGAUUGUGUGACAGGCAGACGUAUCGACGACAGCUUUGGUUGCAUCAUGGCUGAUGAAAUGGGCCUUGGUAAGACUCUCCAGUGCAUUACUCUCAUCUGGACGCUGCUGAAGCAAAGCCCAGAUGCCAAGCCAGAACUGGACAAGGUUGUGAUAGUUGCUCCGUCCAGUCUCGUCAAGAAUUGGCACAAUGAGAUCAGCAAGUGGCUGGGCAGUAAGCUCAACGCCUUGGCCAUUGACUCAGGCUCCAAGAAAGAGAUUGACGCAAACCUUGAAUCGUUUUUGACUCAAAAAGGUCGUCGCAUACUCAACCCCAUUCUCAUCAUAUCCUACGAGACAUUCCGUCUGCACGCCGAGACCCUGCACAGAGGCUCCGUGGGGCUCGUCAUAUGUGAUGAGGGUCAUCGAUUGAAGAACUCAGAGAACCAGACCUACCAGGCACUGAACGCCAUGAAUGCCAAGCGACGCGUCCUCUUAUCCGGUACUCCCAUCCAGAAUGACCUGCUGGAGUACUUCAGCCUCGUCCAUUUUGUCAACCGGGGAAUCCUGGGGACGGCGUCCGAGUUUAAGAGGAAGUUUGAGCUGCCUAUCCUGAGAGGACGAGAUGCCAGCUGCACUGAUAAGGACAAACAGAAGGGGCAAGAAAAACUGCUGGAGCUUGCAGCAUUGGUUAACAAGUGCAUCAUCAGACGGACAUCUGCUCUCCUUACAAAGUAUCUUCCAGUCAAAAUCGAGCAGGUUGUGUGUUGCAACUUGACGCCCCUGCAAAACGCCCUCUACAAGCAGUACGUUGACAGUAAGAUGAGGGAGUGCACUGCAGCCUCCAAAGGCAAGCCCGCCGCAUCGUCGCUGUCAGCAAUCACACAACUCAAGAAACUCUGCAAUCAUCCAGCCUUAGUGUAUGACAAGUGUCGUGACGGGGACGGCGGCUUUGAAGAUUCUCUCCAACUAUUUCCUGAUAAUUACAGACCGGGGAAGCUCCAACCAGAUCUAUCGGGCAAGAUGCUAGUGCUGGACUACCUCUUGGCGGUAACUCGUACCACGACCAGCGACAAGGUGGUCUUGGUGUCCAACUACACCCAGACGCUGGACCUGUUUGAGCAGCUCUGCAGACUCAGGGGUUACAUCUUUGUGCGUCUGGACGGCAGCAUGUCCAUCAAGAAACGGGCCAAGAUAGUUGACAAAUUCAACAGUCCCACGAGUCCUGAGUUCAUCUUCAUGCUUAGCAGCAAGGCGGGAGGCUGCGGUCUGAACCUGAUCGGAGCCAACCGCUUGGUCAUGUUUGACCCUGACUGGAAUCCGGCCAACGAUGACCAGGCCAUGGCAAGGGUCUGGCGGGAUGGACAGAAGAAAGAGUGCUUCAUCUAUCGGCUGCUGGCCACGGGAACGAUAGAAGAGAAGAUUUUCCAGCGUCAGGCCCACAAGAAGGCUCUGUCCAGCUGCGUAGUAGACAAUGAGGAGGAUGUGGAAAGGCACUUCUCCCUGGAUCAGCUACGAGACCUGUUUCCUCUCAAUGAGUCCACCAUCAGUGAUACGCAUGACAAGAUCAAAUGCCGUCGCUGUGUCAACAGCAUCCAGGCACGCCCGCCGCCAGCGGGCACGGACUGCAACAGUGACCUGGCCCACUGGAACCACUGCGCCAGCAAGCGGGGAAUCCCAGACGUGGUCCUGAAGCAGGCGCUUGAAACCAACCGAGUCACGUUUGUCUUCCAUCACCGAUCACAUGAACAGAUUAAGACUGUUUAGUGAGACGUCCGGCUUUCCUGCCGUGUUGCAGUCAAGGUUCUCCUAGCUGAUGGAUCGCGGGUACCUCACAAGUCCAGUCUCAAGUAGCACGGGUAGAAUUAUACCAUGAAAUGACUUUAACACAGUUCAUUGGAAUAGCUUGUGAGUUGACUAUUCGGACUUGGCGACCAGUGAGUGACUUGUAAUGGACUUGUUUUUUAUUACAAGUGCCGUGACUGCAUGUCUGCUUACCUAUUUGGCUGUGUGUGGUUCAUAGACAAGCUUUAUCAGUAUUUAUUUAAUUUUCACACAGGCUCUGAAUUGUUAAGCCCGACAUUACGGUGGCUAAAGUAAAGCUAGCCAUCUUCCUUUAAUAAAAUAUGCAUGCCACUGCCAUGAAAACUGCAGGAUAGAAAAAAUAAUAAUUCACAGGAAACUUUAAAAAUGAAUCCGCUAAUUUAAAAUUCUUGUGUCGGAAAAGCUUAUAAAUGGCACAUUUACCCGAGUGUAAGUUUCCAAGAGGGGGAUUUAGCAGGCAUUUGUUGCCAUUUUCUGCAUGAUUUUCUUCUUUGUUUGGGUGGCAAGGUGGGGGGGGGGGGGUUAAGACCCCCUAACUCCGCCCCCAUUAGAUCCCACUCUAGAAAAUUUGGUAUUACUCAGUUUUUACAAGAUAAACAAAGAAAGUACUGGAAGAUUCUUGUAUUGUUUGAUGCAAAGUUUCUAUUUUGGUAUUAGAGCAUUGUAUUUGAAAAGGUUAUUUCCAAAACGCGAUAAAUGUCAUUUUGCUCCCUUUCAAAAUCUCACCCUCCCCUGGCUGCCCAAUGUCAGUUGCGACAGGUUUAAUGUAGUUAAAUACAUGUACGACUUAAUAAAUUAAUAAAGCGAAAAGUGAAGUUUAGAAACA